AUGGCUAAUCUAAAUCUAGAUCUCAAAAUUCAUUGUGCAACUAACCUUCUGAAUGUCAAUCUUCUAACAAAGAUGGACGUUUUUGCCAAAAUCAGCAUUCAUGGCGAAAAUACUCGAAAGAAACAAAAGGUGAAAACCGCCGUCGAUCGCUCUGCUGGGUCCAACCCAGUUUGGAAUCAAGCUGUCAACUUUUCUUUCAACAAGAGGUUAUUCCUUAAUGAUAGUUUGACACUUGUCAUGAGAUUAAUUUCUCGCCGGAUCCUAGGUAAUAAAGAAAUCGGAAAAGUUAGCAUUCCGUUACUCGAGCUUUUCAAUUCGAUCACACCGCCAAUUAGCGGUGAAAGUAACGAUGAGGAGAUGAAAUUGGUGAGGUAUCUGGUGAGAACUCGGUCGGGGAAAGAGUCAGGAGUUUUAACUUUCUCGUACCGGUUUAAAUCAGAUUUACUCGUGACUGUUAACCAGAAUUUGGUAGAAACACCAACUUCUCGUACUCAGUCACAAGUUGAGCAUCCACCUUCGGCUUCACCAGAAUUUUCAAUUGAGUUUCCUUUGCUGCCUGAGCCACCGUCUCAUUCGAGACACUUUUCUGCAGUUGAAUCGAGCGAUGGUUCCUUUAUAACAUUUGAGCAAUUCAAUCAUCCUUACAUCUGCGCACCGCUAUCAUCGGAAGGGUCUGAACUACUCGCUUUGACAUCAGCUACACCGUCACCACCGCUGUCACCGACGAGGUAUGGAUAGGAAAGCUGGCCGUAACAACCAACAGCUGAAGGAGAUUGAAAUCUUGGAU